UUCGUUUCCCAGUUUAUGCUUUUUUUCUUUUCUUUUCUUUUCCCUUUUUAUUGGUAUAUUUUAUCAAUUGUUGUUUAUUGUUCGUAUUGUUAUAAUUUGUUUUAAUUUUCAAUAAAGGGUUUCUGGGAAUUAACGAAAUGUGAGAUUUGGGAGAAAAUUGUUACUGAAUUAAUUUUUGGGCUAUUACGUGUAAAAUUUCUGAUGAGAAAUUUGAUUGUGGAAAUUAUUGUUGGUUUUAUUUAAUGCGGGGUUUUAAUAAUUUCUGAAUUAAGUUGAUUUAUGCCCCCCAAGAAAGGGAGAGAUUUUGGUGAAUCUGCUUUGAUUGCUUCGCCACGAUGAAAAGAAAUUUCUUAACUAGGGAGCCAUCCGCAGAGGAACUUAAUUUGACGUUUCGUUUGUAUUAAACAUUUAAAGCACCAAAAACUUGAAUUGGGUUCUUCUUCGCACUCGGUUUCGAAGAUUCCUAAACUUUUAUGACUUUGAUUUCUUGGCCGCAACGAAAAAGUAGUUUCUUAACUCGUGAUAUAUCAGCAGGAGGAGCUGAAUUCUUCUUUUCUGGGUUUUCAUUUUGCAGUAAACCAUUUAGGGUUCUUCUUUUCUUUCGUAAGAGUAUGUGACAUUGAUACUAAAUAUCAUUUUGAAAAUUAACUGUUUCUUUGGUAUUUGUUCCAAAUGUGGUUUGCUGAUUUCUAUGCUGUAUGGAUUGUAUGCAUUUUGAUUAACAAAAUAACGAUUACUUGUUUGAAUGUUUCAAUAUAAAGAUCCAGUGGAACCCUUGUGAUCCCUGAAAAUAAUUGGUUUUCACUCUGUGUGCUGUAACCUAUUGAGAUACUAUGACGCAAAUUCUCGAUCAAGCUUCUAAUGGGGCAUCCCAACCCAUUGAUUAUACAAGAAAGAGGAAGUCAAGGAGGAGGAGGGAUGGAUCUGAAUCUGUAGAAAAGACACUUGCAAAGUGGAAAGAGUAUAACAAUAAAAUCGAUUCUCUGGAAAAUGGACACAAACCGAUAGUGCGUAAAGCUCCAGCCAAGGGAUCAAAGAAAGGAUGUAUGAAGGGUAAAGGAGGUCCUGAGAAUGUUCAUUGCGUAUACAGAGGAGUUAGGCAGAGGACGUGGGGUAAAUGGGUUGCUGAGAUUAGGGAGCCCCACAGGGGAAGUAGGCUGUGGUUGGGCACAUUCAGUACUGGAAUUGAAGCUGCUCUUGCUUAUGACGAAGCUGCUAGAGCAAUGUAUGGCCCACGAGCCCGGCUUAACUUUCCAAACUGCUGUCCAAAAGAGUCUACUGAUGAAUCUUCUUCUUUGCCAAUGACAUCUGCAUGUGAGUUAAAUUCUAGUGUCUCUGAGGUUUGUCUGGCCGAUGGUACUGGCUUGAAGGUUGACACCCUUAGGGUAAAACAAGACGAUGGUGAUGGUGAGUCUUGGACUGAUAUCGAUAGGCCUGCAGAUUUUGGUGAGACUGGUACCCAAAUGAGCACCGUGAAGGCAGAAUUCAUAGAGGAGGAAGUGAAGGAAGAACCUAUUACGUCACCAAGUAUUGAUGGUGAUUUGUUCAAUAAAAAGGAAAAUCCUGCCUAUGAUGGUGGCGUGGUUCCAUCAGAGGAGAUGUUUGAUGUGGAUGAGUUGCUUACUGCUUUAGAGUCUGCUCCUCAACACCCUUACGGGGGAGUAGGCCAAGCUGCUUAUGGCAAUGAUAACCAUCCAGACCAGUUGCAAAAGCCGGACACAAAUUUGCUUGGUAGUUCACCACACACACAGUAUGCACCAUCUGGACUUGACCAUGAUUUAGAUUUCUUGAAACCUGGGAGACAAGAAGAUAAUAAUUUUACACUGAAUGAUGUACUUACUGAUAUCGAUUCAGACUUGAUGUCUUAAAUGGGUUCUGGACAAAUUGCGAAGAGUGCUGUGAUAUGGAAAAGCUCAAACAACAGUUCCCUUUUUCCCCAGAAGCAGUUACGAACUUGGAACAACUUUGUUGCCAUUAAAUGCGAAUUCGUAUUCUUUUUGUACCAUAUUUUCUCUCAUCCGCACUAUAUUGCGUGUGGCUAAUUCUCUGGAAGUUUUUUGGAUUGGAUGAAUUGGCUGUAAUAGUGGUCUUGAAAUAAGAUUUUGUCAUGUAAAAAUUUUUUUUGUACAAAUGUAUGUCUUGGUAAUGUAAUGAAACAAUAUUGUUAGUAUACCAUUCAUUAUAUACUUGGUAUCUACAACA